ACAUCAAUUUCCUCGUAAAGACAAAAACAAGUCACGACAUCGAUCAUGACGAAAAAAGUAUGAGAGAGUUCUUCAUAAUCCAUCCAUAUAAAAAGGCUAAAACUCUCUCUUAACAAAAGGAGAAAUAAAAACAGUAACACUAGAAGCGAAAUCAUGACUCUUUAGUCUUCAAAAUAGAAAGAAAAAAAUAUCAAUAUAUCAAUGUUUAGAUCUUAAUCAUUUGAAGGUUAAGUAGCAAGUUGUUGAAAGAUGUUAGAAGGUAAAGCUAUGGUAGAUGACACUGACAUGCCAAGUAAGAUGCAGAUUCAAGCCAUGUCUUAUGCUUCUCAAGCUCUUGAUCUUUAUGAUGUUCUUGAUUGCGAAUCCAUUGCUGCUCACAUUAAAAAGGAGUUUGAUACAAGAUAUGGUUGUGGAUGGCAAUGUGUGGUAGGUUCAAGUUUUGGAUGUUUUUUCACUCAUUCUAAGGGAACUUUCAUAUACUUUACUCUUGAGACUCUUCAUUUUCUCAUCUUCAAAGGAGCAUGACUACAUCAAUAUCAUUUUUCUUUGCAUUUGUAAUGUUCAUUUUAAUUUUGUAUGUAUGAUGAAUAUUUUAGUUUAGUUAGUUCAGUGUUUUUUCAUGAUGAUGUUCUUUAGUUUAUCUUUUACUCCUUUGAGAAUGUAUGGUCACCUUAUCCUGAAUUUUGUGGAUGUUGUUUGUUUUUUUUCUUCCCAUCCCUCAUUUAUCCAUAGUGUGAUGAUAUCGAUUGUAUUAAUCCACAAAUUUUAUCUCAACUAUCAAAAUUAAUAUUAUUAUGUUGUA